AGCGCUCCUUUCAGCCCUUCAGUCGCAGUUCAACGCGAUCCGCAGUCUUCGACGGUCGCUCGUCCGUCCAUUCGCGCUUUCCCGUCGUCGCGAAUUCGCGCAAAUCUUGAUCGCUAUGAUCGACGUGUGCCACAGAUAUAAUUAAACUAAUCUGUAAGAAGAUUAAUAUUCUGAGGAAGUAUUCUCUCCCAAAUAUUAAUGCGAAAUAAGGGAAUCAGAGAGAAAUAAAAGGCUUGUAAAUUGCGCAAGGAUAUGGUGAGAGUUUAUGGAGUUGUGAGGAAUGUUUCGGAGCAGUACGAUCGAAAAAAACGGAUAUUUUAUCAUUGGAAGUCGCACAUACACACAAAGAGCGUGAAAUGCUGAACUUAUUUUUGCGAGAAGAAAUCAAGACGAAAAUCGUCCAUCGCCUUUGAGAAGAAAACAAUCGAAAAUGAGAAACGAGGCGAUGCUAGCAUGAUCGACAUCGGCGCGAUUAGUAUCCUGAUGCUUUUCCUGAUCCUCGACAAUCUCGAGGCAGUCACAGUAAUCCAUCAUCCUGAUUAUGAGUACGUCCUUGAUCAUGAAGUCCUUCGCGAGGACGCGCUUGCUGAAGCGAAGAAACUGAAGACAUAUUCCGCCGGCAUGGAUGAAAAAGGACCCAUGCCAGGAUGUAAGCCUUGCACCAGCUCCGAGAUGACUUACUGCAAGAAUGGGAGCGUCAUCAACGAUCACUGCUGCUGCGAUAGCAACUACAACGAAGUAUUUCCUUUCAUCGAACACACUUGUCGCGUGGGACCAGAACAACCUAAAGUGCAAGCUGGGAAUUGCGCGGAAUAUAUGAGACUACGAGAAUGUUGUUGUCAUUCAUAUUUAGCCUCCGUCUGGAAAUAUCGAGCGACUGGCGCAGGAUCGCAUGUCAGCACAAAUCUCAUAAAGUUCCUGACGAUUUUAACGUCAUAUCUCAUGUUGCAUUUAUUGUUAACAUAAGUGCACAUUUCUUAAUGUCAAAAAAGAAUAUUUUGUACAUUAUUAUUUUAAUAAAUUAUUUUUGUAUUGAUCGAAACAGAACUCUACACGAUGCGACGCGAAUGACUUAAUCUAAACUUGAUGAAAUUUUAAAAAAAUGUGAUCUCGAAAUGCUGCUAUGAUAAGUCUUUGUAAAAAGCGAAUAAGAAUUGAUAUAUCAAAAA